AUGUGGACGGGAGUAAGAUAUCCAAAGAUAACUCAAGCAGAAUACCAUGAGUUUCACUCGGUGGAUAGGGAACUAUAUGCAACACUCGUAUAUGAUCUUUGGCGCGAUCCCAUUGAAGCGAUACAAAUGAUGGCCAUUUGGAUAUGGUUAGAAAGGGUGAUCAUGGAUUCACCUGCCCUGACUCGGAUGAUUCUAACUAAUUUCUCUUCUCAAUGGAUUGAUCAAAUCGGAGAUGAAGCAUUAUUAUGUUGGGACAACCUAGGUCUUUUAUUUUCUUCUUCAUCCAUGGAUUUCCCUUUGACAAAUAAACUACUUAAGAAAGAAAUGCCUAUCGAGUUCUUUUGCAAAAAUCGUGAGGCUUCCAUUGUUGGUAUCAAUGAAGUGAUAACUAAUGUUUGUGCUACUUGCCUUAAGGACAUAUGGGAUGGAGCCAUAGCAAGAAAUGCCUACAUGGAGUUUCUUCAAUGUAUGACUAACCAUGAGACGAUGGUUGUACCGCGAAAGACCAAAAUAAUCCAACCGGAUGAAAGGACUUUAUUCGUGACCUUUUCAAGAGGAUACCCGGUCUUAGAGUGGGAAGUAAGGGAGUUCUUGACUCAAAUUUUUGGCGAAUGCAUUGAGGCAUUUUACAUGCAAGAAGUACCUAAAGGUGAACAUGCUUUAUUUGCAAAGAUUGUGCUCUAUCAUACUUCCUACAUUCAUGCGAUUCUUUGUGAUGGAACAACGGCAAAGUUUACCAUCAAUGGUAAACCUUUGUGGAUGCGAAAGUUCAUUCCCAAACGUCAACGACGAUGA